AUGAGUGACGAUAAUAACGACAACAAUCAACAAAAUGGCACAUCUUCGUCAAAUUCGAAUACGCCGCCACCAACAUCCUCUGCUGCCGACAAUAAUGUACCCGCCAAAAUGAUCGAACACUUUAAGGCCCACAAAGUCGAUGUGGCCAUGUGGCUGAUGCGUAUAUUGGCCAUCAUCUUUACGGUCUUCUAUGUCCUGCCCAUCUUUGGCACUCAACAGAGUGCCUUCAACAAAGUUCUACUCUCAAAUGCAGCUAUUUCAGCGUUGCGACUACACCAACGUCUGCCCUCAUUUACAUUUUCACGGGAAUUUUUGGCCCGUCUCUUUGUCGAAGAUUCGUGUCAUUAUUUAAUGUAUUCGCUGAUAUUUUUGAAUGUUCAACCGACACUGUUGAUAUUGGCACCAAUUGUACUGUUCGCCGUGUUGCACGCAUCGAGCUAUUCAUUGAAAUUGUUGGAUAUUAUUGGCCAAAAUUCCUGGUGGGGUGCCCGUUUCCUCAUUUCCUUGGUUGAAUUCCAAGCUGGUAAUAUCUUGAAGGCUGCCUCCUUCUCCGAAAUCUUCAUCAUGCCUUUGGCUGUAGUCAUGACAUUCAUGGGUAGAGCUGGUCUUAUGACACCCAUUAUGUACUAUCACUUCCUUGUUAUGCGUUACAGUUCUCGUCGCAAUCCCUACACCCGUAACGCCUUCGCUGAGUUGCGUAUGACCGCUGAGGCAUUGGCUGCCCGCUCCCCCGGAGUUGUGGGGAAAAUUGUACAAAAAGCCAUUGCAUUUAUUAGUCGUUUGGCACCACCACCACAACCUGCUCCAGCCCAGCAGUAA